UGACAGUGAUCUAACUAGAUUCGUAGUUUAUACGUCACGUAAUUGUAAUUUACAAUCCAUCAUUUACCGUGAUGUUUACUAAACUCACUAUUUACUUUUGUGUUAUAUAUUAUAGUAAUAAGUUUUUAUUUAUUUUUCAUGACUAACCUUAUAAUUUCGUUUUCAAUUACAAUAAUUCCCUUUAUUACUAUCUUUAGAAUUUAAUUUACUCACCAGUAAGUAUAUGGAUUUUGUAUUUUAUUGCUUCAAGUUAACAAUAAGUUUAGUAAAUUUUUUUAAUAAGUGCAUUUUAAAACGUGUAAAGUGAUAAAGAGUAUAUAAAUAUGGCAUCCUUGAAUAGAGGUGUUUCUGGUUCUGAUUUUCGAAAUGCUCAUGUUGAUGAAAGGGAAACUCUUUUGGAGCAUGAUAGCGAGCCGGAUGAAGAUAUGAUUUUCAAUCGCUCCAGCAUAUCUGAUGACGAUGAAAUCAAAGUUCACAAAAAAAUCGAUAGCGUAAGAAUACAAAUACGUGAAGUGACUGAUGUAAUGCGUGAUAACGUACAAAAAGUAUUAGAAAGGGGAGAACGAUUAGAGGACUUGCAAUUAGCGAGUGAUCGAUUGAAUUUUGCUGGUAAUGAAUUCCGCGAUGCAGCUCGACGAGCUCAACGUAGAGCGUGGUUACAAAAUAUUAAGUCCCGAGUAAUUAUUAUUGGAAUUACGGUGAUUGCUAUCAUAUGUAUUAUAGUUAGACCAUUCUGUAAUAUUUUCAGUUCUAGACGUCUUGGUGCUUUAUCUGGUUCUCAAAUAAUUAUCACAUUCUGGCAAAAUCUCUUGCGAAUACGAAAUUAAGUGCCUAUUAUUAUAAACUACUCGUAAUUGAUAAAUGAUAGAUGAUCAUAUUUAUCUGGAUCAUUGGAAAUGGAUUAUCCGAUAACCCAGUCUGUGUAUUAAAAAUUUUUUACUUAUUUACACACUUAUAAAUU